AUGCCCGCCAAGAAGCAGAGCAACAGCGACGGUGUCGAAGCAGAUGGUGCUUCCAAUGGCUUUUGCUUUUCAGAAACCGAGAGCAAGAUCAUUCACGCUGUUCUCCAGCGCACUGAUCCCAGCAUGAAUUCGAUCAUCGACUGGGAGAAGGUCCGCGAGGAUCUCGCCAGCGCCAGCGUCGAAUCUACCAGGAAGCGUUUCCGUCAGAUCAGCUUGAAGCGCGGCUGGUUCAAGGACGAGCAUAAUGGUGGCAUGUCAACCCCGAACGGCAAGAACGCUGCCACCCGCACUCCUGGCAGCAAGAACAAGAAGGUCCCCGCUGGCGACAACGAUGACGGAGCUGUCAAUGAUACUCCCGUCAAGAAGCGCAAGACUGCCACCCCCAAGAAGGUCAAGGCCGAGCCCGACACCACUGAGGAAAACGGCCACGAGGGCCAGGAUGGUGCCAACAUUGACGCUAAUGGCAUGGGCAUGAACCUGAGCUUCGAUGAGGUCUGA